CGCUUAAUUCAUUUCAUUUCGAGUUUCAUACAUCGAACGAAAAUUAAUAAACUCUUCGAUACUUCGAAAUUUUGAAUUGACAUUUCAAUUAAAUAAAAAAAUCUUGAUGAAUUGCCUCAUGUGCAUUUGAUUUCUUUAAUGAAAUAGUUCGUUUUUUUAUUGUGUUAUUAUUUGUGCAUGUGUUUUUUGUGCUGUUAUAUAUGUAUAUUUCUUUCGCAAAACCAGUGUGAAUUCGAAUCGAAAUCAGCUUCAAGAAUUUGAAAUUCUUCAUAUAAAAAAGAGACAAAAAGACCAAAAGUUCAAAUAAAAAGUUACAAAAAACUGACAACGUGAACAAUAACAUUGAUAAUUGAAUGAUUCAAAAUUGGCCGUUUCUUUUAUCAUCAUCGCCCCUUUUUUGCAAAAUCGAGAGCGAGAAAAAAAUGUGUCUUGGAAUUUAGUCACAUGUGUAGGCACAAACUGUUGAAAGAGAAAAACUUGCCGUUUUAGUGCGUUUGUUGUAGUGAACCUUUUGAAUUCAGAUCACCACUGUUUGUGCACACUCAAUACUGUUUACUAUCCACCAUCGAUUAUUAGUACAGAAAAAAAAAUACACGUACGGAGCAACGAAAAAACAAAAAAGAUCCGUAAAAAACCAAAACAAAAAAGACAGACACAAACAUAUAUACUAUCUCUCAUUGACUUCGUGUGCCGCCAGUGUUUUACAAUUCACCAGCCGAUUUAUCUCAGCAAGUUGAGGCAAGUUGUGCGCCUUGAAGUUACUGUGUAAUUUGUAAGUGAAGAGAACAAGCGAAAAAAGCAUCUAUUCGAUUUAUUACUAAGAGAGAAAGAUACAUUAUUUGUGUAGUUUUUUUUUCAUCUCCUUCAUGUUUUUGUUGCUAUAUUUAUGUGUUUGCAUCAAACAUUCAGAGGAAAAAGUUCCCGAAGAAAAUACGAACGUAUGCAGAGGAAAAAAAAAACAAAUUCAGUAUGCAUAGAAAAAUAUUCGAAAUAAAAACGAAAUAACCGCAGAAGAGUAAAAAAAAAUACAUAACAACAACACACAUAGAUAUUUCUGUUUGAAAUUACAAAAAAAAACUACGAGAGAAGCGCGUAAUGAAAUAACAGCGCAAAGCAAGUGAUGUGCAUUUUCGUUGUGUGAGAAAAACAUAAACUAAACAGCUAAAACAAAACAGAAGACAAAUGAAUAAAAAACAACAACAUACAAACUGAAGCAUCAGCAGCACCAGCAAACGCAACUCAGCUAAGAGAGAGAAAAAAAGCCACCUGAACACUGCUGAAGAAAAAAAAAACAAGUCAUACACAAUAUUUUUGUAUGAAAUAAAAUUAAUUGUACGUGGUUUAGUUACAAAUUAGUAGUAAAGUAACCGAAUGUAUUGUAGUUUUCGGUUGGCGAUAAUCUGUACCAUUCAAACAGAAUAAAAAACUCAUGCGUGUUUGUGCGUUUCAUUGAAGAAAGUUAUUGAAAGAGUGUGGAAUUGACAGUAGAAAACCGGGCAGAAGAAGAAGGAAAAGAAACAAAGACUGAAGCCGAAACAAAUAAAAACCGAUUAAAUAAACGCUUAUAAUUUUUUUUUCCUCUCUCAAUUCACCGAUUUGUGCAAAUACACAUCUCAACCAUACGCACGCAUCGAUACCAUCGAGAAUUAAAUCAUUACACUUAAAUUGUAAAUGGUGCCGAAACGGACGAACAAUGUUUGUAUCAUCCGUAUAUAACCCAAGCGACGAAGAUUCAUUUCGAAAUCCGACGAAAUCAGUACAAUACUCGUAAAAUUGUACGAUUAUCCAAAUUAAAAGUCAAUACGAAAAUGUUGAAAAAAACAUAAAAACUCUUUGACCAAAAGAAAAAGUACCGUUCGACUGUAAAAACAUAAACACGUAAUAAAAAGUGCACAAGUGUCUCGUAAAGAGAGACUUGAUUUGGACAGCGUAAAUUAGUUACACAUAUAAAGACAGUUCCAUGGAUGAUAGCAGCUGCAGUUGUUAUCAGCCGAUUAAAACAAAUACUAGGCAGCACUUUACGAUGGAACGACCAUCUAUAUUUAAAUCAAACAGAAACGGACUGUUGAAGUUCCUGGCACGGUUUUCAGGCCGACGACGACAUAUGGGCACGCGGCUUCAUAAAAUAGCAAUUUUUAUACCAAUAUUUGUAUUAUUCACAUUAGCCGGUGUAUCAGAAGCCUGUUCGAGUAGAUCAACACCAAGACCAAGGCCACCGACACAAGCGCCUCGUCCAAACAUCACAUUUCCAACAUAUAAAUGCCCACCAGCCUAUGCGGCAUACUACUGUCUCAACGAAGCGAGAUGCUUUACAGUAAAAAUUGGUGAUUCGCUGCUAUACAAUUGCGAAUGCACAGACGGUUACAUGGGUUCGCGUUGUGAAUACAAGGAUUUAGACGGCUCCUAUUUGCCUACACGUCGUCUGGCUAUGCUACAAACGGCGAGUAUAGCAAGCGGUGCAUUUUUGGCGCUAUUUUUGGUGCUUGUGCUAUGUCUAGUCUUUUAUGUACGAUGGAAUCAACAACAGAAACGUGAUCGAUUCAACGGUGUACAUGAAGAGAAUGGUUUUGAUACCGUUGACGGUUUACAAACUGUACGAACAGCGUUGCCAGAACUAAGGCCAUUCGGACCGCAUCAUCAAAGGUUCAUACCAAUGUCACAAGCGUACAGCAAUCGAUAAGUGCCUGCCUGCCGGUUUGACGUGAGAAAAAAUAGAUGAAUGGAAUAACCCUGUCCAAUUCGUGUGGCAUUUCAUCGGUGUUUUGAUUAUCACAUUUUAAUGGAUCAUCAUAUAAAUUUCCAUAAACACCGAAUAAGAAAAAGAACUAAUUUAAGUUUGCGCUAGCAUGAGCGUAAAAUUUUCGUUUUCGACAAAAAGGAUUUGUCUAUUUGGUAUCGAAUAAGCGAACGAUACCAAUCGAACCAUUAUAUUUUUUUUUUGUUGAUUACUUCAUACGCAAGUAAAAGACUAACUUUAUGUUUAUAAUCCCAAAAACUAAUUUAACUAAAACCUAAAGCCAACAAAUGCUAUUGCCUUUUCUGUAAAUAAUAUUGAUUAUUAUUAUUAUAAAUACUAUGGAAA